AUGCUCUCAAUUGUCGCUAAUUCUCGUUUCGCCAUUCGACGGGCGGUUAGUACCAGUUGCCACGUGGCAGCAGCAAAAGGCGGCGAUUCGAAAUUGACAGCGGAGAAGGCGCAGUUUUCGCAAAUUGAAAAAAAGAAGGAUGACGAUAUGCUGGAAACGAUCGACAUCGAAGACUUGCCACGGCCACAGAAGCGAUUUGCCAAGCAGUUUGAAAAGGUGAAUCAAGAGCGUGUGAAGGAGAUUUUCGCGAAAAACUACAAAAAUCACAUUUCGUUCGCCGUGCUGAUCGGGCUGGUCGUUGGAAUCUACUGGUAUACGAUGUAUUCAGUCAAACAAGAGACAUUUUUGGAGGAAAUCGACGAGGAAAUGGCCAUGCAGAAUCCGAAAACUCAUGGACAUUUGGCGAAGAAAUAA